UCCUCAAAUCAAGUUACACAGAGCAGAGCUCCAACAGGACCAUGACUGCAGAGUGGAGCAGGUCUUUAAACAGGAAACAAACUACUGUCAAGAGCAGGAUGAACCAGAACCUCCACAGAUAAAAGAAGAACCACAACCGCUGCACAUCAAACAAGAAGAAGAACCAGAACCUCUACACAUCAAAGAAGAAGAAGAACCAGAACCUCCACACAUCAAAGAAGAAGAAGAAGAACUAGGACUUGGUCAGUUUAAGGAGGAGCAGGAGGAACCAGAAUCUUCACAGAUUGAGGGACACAAAGAACUCAGUAUCAGACAGAAGGAAGAACAGUUUACUCUGAAGUUUGAAAGUGAAACCUUUCAGGUUACUUCUGUUGAGGAUCAAAGUGACCUGAGUGAAGCAGAAGUACCGGAGACUGAGCAGUUCCUCUCUCAGGACUCUGAAGUCCACCAUGUGAAAAGACACAUUGACUCAGAAUCAACUGGAAAUGCAAAGCUGAAAAAACUCAAGAUGUUUCAUAGAAACAGUGUGAACAACUUUCAUGUUUCAGAGAAGCAGGAUGAAUGUGAAAAGCUUCUUUGUGAAGAAAUGUGUGAGAAAACUGACCAUAAAAAACAUCAAUUAUGUCAGAAGGUCAGAAUGGUCACUGAUGAGAAGAUACUUUGUGAAACAUGUGGCAAAAGUUUCAGUCAACAGAGUUGUUUGUUGGUUCACAAGAGAACUCACACAGGUGAGAAGCCUUAUUCUUGUGAAACAUGUGGCAAACAUUUCAGUCGGCAGAAUGAUUUGAAGGUUCACUUGAGAACUCACACAGGUGAGAAGCCGUAUUCUUGUGAAACAUGUGGCAAAAGUUUCAGUCAACACAGUAAUUUGACGGUUCACAUGAGAACUCACACAGGUGACAAACCGUAUUCCUGUGAAACAUGUGGCAAAAGUUUCAUUCAGCAGAGUCGUUUGUUGAUCCACAAGAGAAGUCACACAGGUGAGAAGCCUCAUUCUUGUGAAGCAUGUGGCAAAAGUUUCAGUCGACACAGUAAUUUGACGGUUCACAUGAGAACUCACACAGGUGAGAAGCCGUAUUCUUGUGAAGCAUGUGGCAAAAGUUUCAGUCAACCAAGUGAUUUGAAGGUUCACAUGAGAAUUCAUACAGGUGAGAAGCCUCAUUUUUGUGAAGCAUGUGGCAAAAGUUUCAGUCGGCAGAGCUCGUUGUGGGUCCACAAGAGAAGUCACACAGGUGAGAAGCCGUAUUCUUGUGAAGCAUGUGGCAAAAGUUUCAGUCAACCGAGUUAUUUGAAGGUUCACAUGAGAAUUCACACUGGUGAGAAGCCUCAUUCUUGUGAAACAUGUGGCAAAAGUUUCAGUUUUCACAGUUCUUUGUUGGUCCACAAGAGAACUCACACAGGUGAGAAGCCUCAUUUUUGUGAAGCAUGUGGAAAAAAAUUCAGUCAACGGAGUUCAUUGUUGGUUCACAAGAGAAGUCACACAGGUGAGAAGCCUCAUUCUUGUGAAGCAUGUGGCAAAAGUUUCAGUCAGCCGAAUAAUUUGAAAGUUCACAUGAGAAUUCACACUGGUGAGAAGCCUCACUCUUGUGAAACAUGUGGCAAACGUUUCAGUUUUCACAGUUCUUUGUUGGUCCACAAGAGAACUCACACAGGUGAGAAGCCUCAUUUUUGUGAAGCAUGUGGCAAAAGUUUCAGUCGGCAAGGUAAUUUGAAGGUUCACAUGAGAAUU